AUUUGAAAAAAGCGAUUGCAUUGAAUAUGGCAUCUUUGGCUUCAACAGGAACAACAAGAACAUCGUUCUUGGCUUCGAGAUCGUCUUGUUUCUGUUCAAAGAAAGUCAUAGUAACAGUUUCGGUUCAGCAGAAGAAGGCGGAGAGAAGGAACAUGAGCGUGAAGGCCACGGGAAUGGCGAAGUUCAAGGGGACGCAUAUGAGGGAGAAGCAUCUGACGGAAAUGAUCGAGCAGAAAGUGAUUGAAGCAAAGCAAGUGUGUGAGGGAGAUAUGACCUCUGACGAAUGCAAGGUUGCGUGGGAUGAAGUGGAAGAAGUGAGCCAAGCCAAGGCAGAUCUCAGACGCAAACUUGAGGAACAAGAUCCGCUUGAAUUCUUUUGCCAAGACAAUCCUGAGACUGACGAGUGUCGAGUCUAUGAAGAUUAGAGUCGAAGCAUCGUAUAAAGGUCCCUUGUUGUUUACUUGUUCUUCCUAAAGUGUUGUAUGAUGCUCCGUGUUUGUGAUUAUCGUAUAAUAAUCUAACGUCAGCUUUGCUUUGCUUA